CAGCAGGUCGGAACCAAUGCCGCGGACAUGACGGAAGUUUAGACGGUUGCUCUGGGUGAACGAAGCAAAGAACACUGACAGCAGCAUCGCGUCACUAAAAAACACAACUAUUAUCGCCUCCCUUUAAUUAACCUAGUCUCCCCUUUACCCUCACCCAUGGCGUCUAAUUCUAAAAUCGACAUUGAGGAUGCGACCCAGCAUCUUCGAGAUAUCCUGAAGCUCGGUAACAGCAGCGAUGCGCCAAGUGAUGGUCAGAAGAUGCCGUCUUUUAACGGAGAGCUGAAUGGACUACUGGGGGUAGCAGGCAUUCUAGGGAGUACUGAAAGAUCAACCAUGUCAGAAUCUAGUCGACCCAUCUCCACAGACAUCAGCAGCGCUGAGGAGAAUCAGAUCAUCUGCCUGUCUGGCGAUGAUGGCUCCACUUGCACACCCAUCAUCUCUAGCAAUGUAGAGAUUGUUGCAAGUCAGGACUCCAGCAUCAACAGCAAGGCCAGAGGCAGCAACAAGGUGAAGAUUCAGCCUGUUGCAAAGUAUGACUGGGAACAUAGAUAUUAUUAUGGCAGGCUGAUAGCCGUGUCAAACUCCUUUCUUGCUUACGCUAUCAGAGGAGCCAACAACCACGCAAUGGUUCGUGUUCUAAGUCUGGGUUUUGCUGAACGAUCGCUGCUAAAAGGAUUCACUGGAGCUGUCGCAGAUUUGGCUUUUGCCCACCUUGACUCCUCUCUGCUGGGUUGCGUUGAUGAAGCAGGCAACCUGAUGGUCUGGCAACUCACAUGCACUGGACUCAAGAUACUAGAUCAGAUUGUUGUUCACAUCAAACGGCCAGAAGACACUCCUCUAAACUCGCAUAGACGUCUCAUCUGGUGUCCGUUCAUUCAGGAUGACAGUGAGGAUAACCAGGACGACUCCAGCCAGACUCUGGCUCUGCUACAUGAAGACAAGGCUGAGGUCUGGGACCUGGAGGUGUUGAAGGCUAACUUCAGCAGUUGGCCUGUUGAUGCCACAGAAGUAAAGGAAGGCCGUAUCACUGUAAAGGGACACACUCAGUGUGUCAGUGAAGGAGCCUUGUCUCCAGAUGGAACUGUCUUGGCCACAGCUAGUCAUGAUGGCUACAUCAAGUUCUGGCAGCUGUACAUAGAAGGAGGACAGGACAAACCCAGUAUGUCUGCUCUUCACGCUCCUUCCAGAUGUCUCCACGAACUCCGGCCUCACGGAGGGCGACCUCUCUCUUGUCUUCUUUUCUGUGACAACCACAAGAGGCAGGACCCAGACGUUCCUUUCUGGCGGUUCCUCAUAACUGGAGCAGAUCAGAACCAAGAGUUGAAGAUGUGGUGCACCGUCUCGUGGACCUGCCUGCAGACCAUCAGGUUUUCUCCAUAUCCAUUCAACCCCACAGCUCUGCCGAGUCUGAAGGCCAGUCUAGAUCUUUCUGCCGAGUAUCUCAUCCUCACUGAUGUACAGAGGAAGGUUCUGUAUGUGAUGGAGCUGCGGCAGGACCUGGAGAAAGGCAAGGCCAGUUUCACCGCUGUGUCCGAGUUCCUGCUCACACACCCCGUGCUCAGUUUUGGAGUGCGGGACGUGACCCAGUGCCGACUGCAGCACACUGAAGUUCUGCCUGCAGAGGAGGAGAGCGAGAGCAUGAGCACAGAGGGCCCUCAAGGACCCACAGAGUCCAAGUCAGGGAUCCAGAUUAAACUCUACUGUGUUCACACCAAGAGUUUGCAGGACGUGCAGAUCUGGUUUCAGCCAAACAUGUGUUCCAGUUCUGCGGGCUUCCUCCCUCAUUCAGAUUCUCAGGAUGGGUUUGGAGGCUUUUCAGACAAUCUCACUGACCACAGCUCUGACAAAGACUCGGGGAGUGGCUCCCAGACUGACCUGAGGAAGAUCCCACCUCUACCUGCCCCUGCUGACUUCCUGUCGAACUCUGCCACUGGGCCGAUGCCCAAACUGAUGACACCCGAUGCCUUCAUGACACCGAGCACUUCAGUCCCAGCUUCCCCCGGCAGCAGUGCCAGCAGCUUGACCAUUGUUACUGCUAUCAGCAGCAACUCUGACUCUACCAGAGCUCUUGAUGAUGUCAGUCAGAGUCCUAACAGAGUGGACAACAACAGCAGCAGCAGCAGCAGUAGUAUGACCCUCUCCACCUCCACCAGCAGUCCCAGAGCAGCGUCUGCUGUGCUGCUGCCCGGACUGGAAAACCUACAGGCUAUGGUCUCUCCAAGUGGACCCCUUGGACUCGACAACUCCCAAGUCCUGGACUCUCCUCUCCUGCCGCCGCUAUCCUCUCCGACCAGAGCGCGCUCCCCAGACGUCAUCUCCUCGGCCUCCACGGCCAUGUCCCAGGACAUGCCUGAAAUCGCGUCCCAGACUCUGCAGCGUAGCUUAGUGUCCAGCCUGGAGCCUCUGCCACUUUCUGCUCUCCAGACGGACAGCAUGGCCUCCGCUGCUUCCGCUUUGCACCUGCUGACCUCACCGCGCUCAGCCAACACUAGCCUGCUGCCUCUGGAACUAGGAGGAGUUGAUGGACCAGGAGGCGGCGCCGUGGAGACAGAACCUAGACUUAGCCACACACCUUCGUUACUGGAAAAUGCCUUAUCGCAGGAGAACCCCGGAGGUGGAGGAGGCGGCUCCUCUGACGGAAGUGUGAGCCACACACCCUGGCCGGCUGCACCUGACAUCACCAGAGAAACCAGGAACAGUCUGAGGGACAACGGCCUAGGAGAAUGUUCUAGAGAUGAAUCAAAGGACAGACACCUGAGUUCGCCGUACCACCGGCGCUCCUAUCACCUCCCACAGAACGACAGUCAGGACACCGGUGCAGAGCAGAGUGACCCUGACGAUGAAGUGGCCAGUCUGGCCUCGUCCUCUGGGAACUGCGGCUCUCGAUCUUCUCACCGACUCCCUGUCAAAGACUGGAAGACGUCCCCAAGAGCCUCGCCGAAAGUAAAGAGGAAGUCAAAGAAAGAAGACAGUGAAUCAUCUCAAUUCAGACAAAUGGACUCUGGACAGGUGAAUGCAGAAGUACAGGAUGAGUUGUUGAUGCUGCUGCGUAGCCAGCAGAGGGAGCUGACAGAUCUCCGUGGACAGAUAGAAGCCAUGCAGAGCUCCAUCAUGUCUCAGGUGGAGCACGUCCUGUCCAACCACCAGGAGCAAGAACAGCGCAGACUGGAGCGAGUUCUGGCCGAGAGUCGGAACCACCAGCAGCAGCUUCAGGAUCAGCUGAGCGAGCAGCUCGUCCACGCCCUCACCUCUGCGCUCACCAACAGAAUGGACAAAAUCCUGCGGGAGGAAAUGAAGAGAACCGUCCCGCAGACGAUCUCCAAGAGUCUGGAGCCCGUGACAGGUCAGCUUAGCAACACCAUCGCUGCCAAACUGACGGCGGUGGAGGUGACCUUAAAGGACAAUGUCAGCAAAGUGGUCAAAUCAAAGAACACGACAGACGCCAUUGGUCGAGCCGCCGCCGAAGCCAUGCAGGGGCCCAUCCAGGCGGCGUACAAAGAGGCGUUCCAAAGCAUCGUGCUUCCUGUGUUUGAGCGAGGCUGCCAGUCCAUGUUUCAACAGAUCAAUGACAGCUUCAAACAAGGCACCCAAGAAUACAUCCAGCAGCUGGAGACUCACAUGAAGAGCAGGAAGCAGAGGGAGCUGGAGGCCCGCGACCCCAUGGUUGGUCAGCUCCAGCAGAUGAUUGACAGCUUCCAAACGUCCACCGACCAGCUGGCCAGCAACAUCACGACUAACAUCCGCGCCGAGGUCCAGCACCAGAUCCAGAUAAUGAUGGGAAAUUUGCAGGAGUCUAUUCUCAGCCACGUGCAGCGAAUCGUCAAAGGGGAGGUGAGCCUGGCCAUGAAGGAGCAGCAGGCGGUGGUCACCUCCAGUAUCAUGCAGGCCAUGAGGUCAGCGGCCGGCACGCCCGUCCCCACGGCACACCUGGACUACCAGACGCAGCAGGCCAACAUCCUGCAGCUGCUCCAGCAGGGUCAGGUCAACCAGGCUUUCCAGCAGGCCCUGUCAGCGACAGACCUGAACCUGGUCCUGUACGUGUGCGAGACCAUCGACUCUCAGCAGGUGUUCGGUCAGCAUCCCUGUCCACUCAGCCAACCCGUGCUGCUGUCGCUCAUCCAACAGCUGUCAUCCAACCUCUCCACCCGCUCUGACCUGAAGAUCAGCUACCUGGAGGACGCCGUGAUGAACCUGGACCACAACGACCCGCUGACCAGAGACCACAUGACGGCCGUGUUGGCUCAGGUCAGGCCCAAGCUCUUCACCUUCCUGCAGCACGACCCUCACAGCCCGCUGAGCAAGAGGGCGCGGCGUCUGCUGAUGAUGCUGCAGGGACUGGUCAACCACUAGUCCUCGCCCGCUGGAAGUGUGGUGCCGAGCCGCCGCAGGAUCUCCGUCUGGUUCUUCUGUUGGAGCACGCAGAACUACUUCAAUCCAUGUUCACGCCGUUUGCCGCGGGAUUGAGGACUGAAGGUUUUGGAAAGAAAGUUAAAAAACAAAAAACAAAACAACAAAAAAAAAAGAAGUCUACCAGUCCUUCAUUUCUUAGUUUUACUUUUAUCGUCCGUCCUCCGCCUGAAAGAGUCAAACAUCGAGGUAGGAAGUAGACUGUUUUGGUUUGAUUUCCAGUCAGUGAAACAGGAGACAAUGAUUGUCUGGAUCCAGAGAUCGUCUGCAGAAGAGACUCUUCAAGUUCACCGUAGAUUUCAGCAGACCUUCGUCGUCAUCAUCAUCAUCAUCAUUAUCAUUAUCAUUGCUGCUGCUGCUGCUGUUCUGUGGAAACAUUCAGCCUUUUGUCUUUAUCCAGAAGCAAACGAUUGUCCCCGGUGAGGUCAACCAGACUCUGGUGAUGGUCUCCUCAGUCCAGGAGAAAUUUUUUUUUUUUUUUUAAACUGUCACCUACAGAAAGUGUGUCCAACCUGUCCACACCCACUGAGGAUGCUUCACUUCCUCUGACCACUGACCGGACAGGGUCACAGACACAGAACAAGAAGGAAACGUGGCCUCGUCAGAGUUUGAUGGCUGCAGCAACGCAACAUCUCUACGUUUAGUUCCUCUAAAAAAAAAAAAAAAAAAAAAAAGUUUUUAAGAGUAUUUUCCUUUCAGUUUCUGCUCAUUGGUGCAGUAUAUGGCCAGAUCAGUUCUCCGUGAGGAUCAACCGUUCUUUUGCUGAAACGCAACAUUUUUCUUCCUCGUGUUCAAACCUAUAAGAAAACGACGGCAACAACAAGAAAAACUCUCUUUAUUAUUGCCUUUUCUUUCGACCUUGUCUUCACAAAUCCCUCAGAUCCUGACGGAAACAAAUUGUGACUAAAUGAGAGGGAAUUGGUUUCGAAGGUUGAUAAAUAUCUGUCAAACUGAAUCGUUACUGUCUGAAUAGCGCCCCCUCUCUUUUUAUAUAUAAAAUUAAUGACAUUUAGUAUUUGUAAGACUCGUAUACUUGCUUUAAAACUAGUUCCAAACAAUUCCUGAACACUAGUGUUUCUGCUGAUUGUUUUUUUUUUUAAAGGGUGUAGUUACUCCUCACAGACUGCAGGUGGCAGUGUUUCUUCAGCCCGCGGGUAGUGCAGCCUCAGUUGGUGGUUUCAGUUGAUGCAGUCACUCGUCAUUCCUGGUUUGGAGUGUGUUGGUGUCAAACUGGUUGGUGAUUGACGGGUGUACGAAAAAAACAAACCACAACAAAAAAAUAUACAGUAUAACAAUAAUGUGUUCGUUCACCACGUGAGGAACGUGUUCGCGGUGGGUUCUGUGUAGCAAGUGCCUUAUUGUACUCGACCUCGUUUUGGACUUGAGUCCCCGUUUGGGUCCUUAAACGUUCAGGCUUCGCCCCCCCAGCGGUUCCAUUUAACGUUGAAACGCUUCUUUUGUUUUCAUUUUAAGAAAUAAAUACUAAGGAUAAUAACAAUAAAGUGUGGUUGGAUCCGAGUUCAUUCUGCAACAGUGACGUGAGAGGAGAAAAAAAAAUCCUGUUGUUUUUUUGUUGUUGUUGUUGGUGACUGUGGAGGAGGAGAUUGUAGUGAUGUUUGACUGAGAGGAACUUCUGUCACUGUUUCCCUCUCACCUGAUUAUGUUGUGUAACUUUUACAGUUUGUUUUACCCCAAACAUUUUGGAAUAAAAAAAUAAUGGUUCAAUUUUC